AUGUGGGAACUCCGAUCCAUAGCCUUCUCCAGGGCGGUGUUUGCAGAGUUCCUGGCCACACUCGUCUUCGUCUUCUUUGGCCUCGGCUCAGCCCUCAACUGGCCACAGGCCUUGCCCUCUGUACUGCAGAUUGCCAUGGCCUUUGGCCUGGCUAUCGGCACCCUGGUGCAGGCUCUGGGUCACGUCAGCGGGGCCCACAUCAACCCUGCCGUGACUGUGGCCUGCCUGGUGGGCUGCCACAUCUCCUUUCUCCGAGCUGCCUUCUACGUGGCUGCCCAGCUGCUGGGGGCCGUGGCCGGGGCCGCUCUGCUCUCUGAGAUCACACCACCAGACAUCCGAGGGGACCUGGCAGUCAAUGCUCUCAGCAACAACUCGACAGCUGGCCAGGCCGUUACUGUGGAGCUUUUCCUGACCCUGCAGCUGGUGCUCUGCAUCUUCGCCUCCACGGAUGAGCGCCGUGGAGACAACCUGGGUACCCCUGCCCUCUCCAUUGGUUUCUCUGUGGUCCUGGGCCACCUCCUCGGGGUAGAGAGAGAACUCUGCUCCAUGAAUCCUGCCCGCUCUCUGGCUCCAGCUGUGGUCACCGGCAAGUUUGACAACCACUGGGUCUUCUGGGUCGGACCCUUGGUCGGCGCCAUCCUGGCCUCCCUUCUCUACAACUACAUCCUGUUCCCGCCCGCCAAGAGCCUGUCGGAGCGCCUGGCCGUGCUGAAGGGGCUGGAGCCCGACACUGACUGGGAGGAACGCGAGGUGCGGCGGCGGCAGUCGGUGGAGCUGCACUCGCCGCAGAGCCUGCCUCGGGGCAGCAAGGCCUGA